AUGGCAACCAUACUUGAAUCUUUUGUCGGAUCAUGCGCGAAGAAGUUGCAAGAUAUUGUUACAGAGGAGGCCAUACUAAUUUUAGGUGUUAAAGAAGAGCUCAUAGAGCUGAAGAGAAGAAUGGAGCAAAUAUGGUACUUUCUUAAUGAUGCAGAGAAAAGGAGCAUAAAAGAAUCUGCUGUUAACAAUUGGCUUGGUCAGCUAAGAGAUGCUAUGUAUGAUGCUGAUGAUAUCAUUGACUUGGCCAAAUCCAAAGGAAGCAAGCUAUUGCCAGGCCAUUCUUCAUUAGUAUCAAGCAGUUCAAAUACAUGUAGUGGCCUUUCUCUUUCCUCUUGCUUUUUUAAUAUCCAGACACGUCAUGAGAUUGCAGUUAAGAUUAAAAACUUAAACAAAAGAAUUGAUAAUAUUUCAAAGGAUCAAGUAUUUACUUCACUCAAGAGUACACAAUCAACUGUAACAGUUUCUGUACCAAAACAGAGAAGAAGUUCCAGCCUUGUUGAGCCAAACCUUGUUGGUAAGGAGAUCUUACGUGCUUGCAGAAAAGUAGUAGAUUUGGUGCUUGCACAUAAGGAAAAAAGGUCUUAUAAGCUUGCUAUCGUUGGAACAGGAGGAGUUGGUAAGACAACACUAGCACAAAAAAUAUACAAUGACCAAAAACUAAAAGGGAGCUUCAACAAACAAGCAUGGGUUUGUGUUUCCCAAGAUUUCUCUGAAAUAGCUAUUUUAAAGGAGAUUCUACGAAAAAUUGAAGUACAGUACAUGCCAGAUGAAUUAACCGAUGAGCUCCAAAGCAAGCUAGAACUGUCCAUUAAGGAUAAGAGUUUUUUUCUUGUGCUGGAUGACGUGUGGCAGUCAGACAUAUGGACAAAUCUACUGAGAAUCCCACUACAUGCUGCAUCCUCAGUAGUAGUUUUAUUGACAACUCGAUUUGACACUGUUGCUGUAGAAACAGGAAUGGACUAUACGCAUCGAGUUGAUUUAAUGUCACUGGAUAUAGGAUGGGAGUUACUAUGGAAGAGCAUGGGCAGCAAAGAAGAAAAAGAAGUACAAAAUCUACAUGACUUAGGGAUCGAUAUUGUUCGUAGAUGUGGUGGUCUUCCCCUUGCAAUUAAAGUCAUUGCUAGAGUUUUGGCAACCAAAGAUCAAACUGAGAAUGAGUGGAAGAAGAUUUUGGUAAAAGAUGCUUGGUCCAUGAGUAGUCUUCCUAGUGAAAUAACAAGUCCUAUAUAUCUAAGUUACGAAGAGCUGCCACACCAUUUGAAGCAAUGUUUUAUCUAUUGUGCUAUUUUCCCUGAAGAUUCGGUAAUCUACCGUGAUGAUAUUGUAAGGAUGUGGGUCGCUGAAGGCUUUAUAGAUGAGCAAGAUGACCGAGUCCUUGAAGAUAUAGCAGAAGAAUACUACUAUGAGCUGAUCUAUCGAAAUCUCCUCCAACCAGAUUAUUACUAUUCUGUUGACCUUACUCAAUGUAGAAUGCAUGAUCUACUAAGGCAGCUUGCUUGUCAUUUAUCCAGAGAAGAACUUUUUGUUGGUGAUCCAGAUUCAGCAGGGGUUACUGUUAUGAGUAAAUUCCGCCGUAUUUCAGCAGUCACUAUGAAUGAUAUGGUUGUGUUACCUAGAACAGAUAAGGGGAAAUGUAAAGUGAGAACUUGGAGAACAUCUGAUACAAAGUCUUUGAGAGUGGAUGAUACAAUAUUUGAAAGAUUACCAUGCAUUCGAGUUUUGGAUUUGACAGGUUCACAGAUACAAGUUGUUCCACCUUGCAUUGGACGUUUGAUCCACCUACGGUUACUAGACCUUGAUGGGACUGACAUAUCUUCUCUUCCAGAGUCCAUCUGUUGUCUCAUAAACCUUCAGAUAUUGAAUUUGCAGGGGUGUGAUUCUUUGCAUAGUCUUCCCUCAGGAAUAACUCAGCUAUGCAACUUAAGGCGAUUUGGCCUAGACGAUACACCAAUAAAUGAGGUUCCAGAAGGUGAGCCAUAUUCUGAAAAAGCUGUAAUCAAUAUUGAGGAAACCUUUGAUUUGCUAAUCCCUGCACACAACCUGGAGGAUCUCUGUCUUGUGAAUUUCUUUGGUCGGAGGUUUCCCGUCUGGCUAGGUAGUGCUGCCCAUUUGCCUUCACUGACAUACUUGAAGCUCAUAGAUUGCAAAUCAUGUGUUCAUCUUCCACCAAUCGGUCAGCUCCCCAACUUGAAAUAUCUGAAAAUCAAAGGAACCACUGCAGUCACCAUGAUUGGACCCGAAUUUGUUGGCUCUGGGAUGGGUAAUCUCAGAUCUACAGAGGCAGUAGCUUUUCCCAAGCUUGAAACAUUGGUCAUCAUGGAUAUGCCCAACUGGGAGGAGUGGUCCUUUGUUGCUGAAGAAAAACAAGAAGCAACAACAGCAUUCACGGAAGGAGCAGAGGAUAAGGCUGCUGCAAAUCAAAAGUGGGAUGCCCCACCUCCAAGGAUACAGCUGCUGCCACGAUUGAAGCGGUUGGACCUGGUCCGCUGCCCCAAGCUGAGGGCUCUCCCAGAGCAGUUUGGACAGGAGGCCACCAGCUUGAAGGAGCUCUAUUUAAGAAAAGUGCACAGCCUUAAGGUGGUGGAGGACAUCUGUUUCCUCUCAGAGGUCCUUUUAAUAUCAGAUUGCGAAGUCCUAGAGAGGGUCUCAAGUCUUCCGCGCGUGAGAGAGCUGCGGGUAACUCGCUGUCCAAAUUUAAGGCGGGUCGAGGAGUUGGGUAGUCUUGAGCAGCUGUGGCUGGACAUGGAUAUGCAGGACCUGUCCUCACUGUGGGUGCCAGGGCUCAAACACGGACGCCAAAAAUGCCCUGGCGAAGACCUCGAAGUGUUCACAUGGCCUAGGGAGUGA